AUGAAGAAGAUAAGGGAAGUGGAUGUGCCUGUGAUUGCUCAAGUUACAGGGCUUGCUGUUGCUGCUGGAGCUCAACUUGCAAUCGCAGCAGAUAUUACGAUUGCAUCUGAAAACGCCAAGUUCAGCGUCCCCGGCGCAAAAACCAUCGGGUUAUACUGCCACUCACCCGCGGUUGAACUUGCCCGCGCGGUACCUCGCAAGAUUGCGAUGGAUUUACUUGUUACUGGAGAUUUUCUGGAGGCAAGCGAUGCGUAUCGAGCUGGAAUGAUUUCCCGAUUAGUCGGCGAUUAUGAUGCGUGUGUUGCUGCUGUGGAAGAUGUGAUCAACAAAAUUGAAAACACCUCUCGAAGCGUCCAAGCACUUGGAAAACAAAAGUUCUAUGACCAAGUUGAUCUACCGAUUCAAGACGCCGCAAAUUUGAUGGAAAACGCAAUGUACGAGAAUCUUCAACUAGCGGACACACAAAUAGGAAUCAACUCUUUCAUGGAGAAGAAAAAGCCGCAGUGGACCCAUUCUAAUGCAAAACAAGACCCCUAA